GCCCACCGAUACUCGGCGUAGUAAGUCUUCGUCCCUAGACUUGACCAAUAUUGACCGAGAGAAAAUAAAUACAGAGCCCGAUAGGUUGUAUCACUGUUACCCUUGCGGCAUUGGUUAGUAUUCGCGUAAAUAGGGGGUGAUUCCCUCUUGCCAGUGCUGGAUGAAGUCACUCACUUCGUUCUCUUCUUGCUAAGUUUUCAUAGCUGUAUUAUGUUCAAAAAAGACGAUCCUUAAUAAAGACGAUUAACCCUCAAUUCUUAGAGUCUGUCUAUUAGCUAUCAGCUGUGAAGCUUGCUGUCGUUUAUAACUUAGACAUUGCCUAUGAUGAUACCAAUACUGUCGUCGAGCUCAUAUUUAUAGGCAUACAUACCAAACAAUCCUUCCUGAUGUUCGAAUCCAAGGAAACCGACUUCCAGCCUGCUCACCAUGGCGGCCAGAACCAUAACUCGCCCUCAAGCUCAUCCUCGAGUAACUCUUCAAUUCACUCGGGGGACACAACAGAAUCCAUACGGCCGGCGGCGCGGCCCGAUGCCGAUGACGGGGAGCUAGAGCGGUACUCGACACACCAGUCCAUGGGACCGGACAUGCCAGUUGAACCGGUCGACUCGGUAGUAGAUGUACCGGACGAAAUUUACGACAGGCUGCCGCCGCAUAGGAAGCUAGUCAUUGUCCUCCUCUUGUCGUUCUGCUCGUUCCUAUCACCUGUAUCUAGCACAUCCGUGUUGGCGGCGACUCCCGAAAUAGCAGCCGAGUACUCCACGACAGGUUCCAUCAUCAACCUUGUCAAUGCCUUAUACAUGCUAUUCAUGGGCCUGUCGCCUAUGUUCUGGGGACCCCUAAGCCAAGUAUAUGGUAGAAGAUUGAUAACUCUAAUAACGGCCGUAGGGUUUCUUGGAUGUAGCAUUGGAACGGCGCUUUCACCUAACCUAGGGGCCUUUUUCGUCUUCAGAUUGCUGACAGCAUUCGAGGGCACAUCAUUCAUCUUAGUCGGCGCUUCCGUCAUUGGUGAUAUUUACCGUCCAACGGAACGAGGAACAGCUACAGGCUGGUUCCUUUCCGGGACUCUAGUAGGACCGGCCCUCGGCCCAUUCAUAGGCGGCAUCAUCGUCACUUACACUUCGUGGCGCGUCAUAUUUUGGCUACAAUCGGGGUUGGCCGGCGUCGCUGCCGUCGGGUCUUACUUCUUACUACCCGAGACCAUCUACCACAUGAAGAUCGACGAUCUCGUCGGCUACACCGGUGUUGCGAAGGCCAAGGUCGUGCUUGGCAUGAUCAGCCCUUGGCGCGUGGUACGGCUAUGGGAAUAUCCGAACCUGUUUCUUACCGGCCUGUCGAGCGCGUCCUUGGUCUGGAAUAUGUAUUCGUUACUCACACCGAUCCGCUACGUCAUAAACCCCAGGUACCAUCUCACGACACCUAUGCAGGGCGGUCUAUUCUAUCUCGCGCCUGGCUGCGGAUAUCUCGUCGGUACAUUCGUCGGGGGACGAUAUGCGGACUUCGUGGUUAAGAAGUAUAUUAAGAAGCGAGGCGUUCGCAUCCCAGAAGACCGCAUGUACUCGGCCCUACCUUUCAUGGGCAUCGUAAUCCCCGGCUGCGUCCUGAUCUACGGCUGGUGCGUGGAGAAGGACGUCGGCGGCAUCCCGCUGACAAUCGUAGUACUCUUCCUUCAAGGUGUAGCGCAGCUCUUCUGCUUCCCGUCUUUGAAUACAUACUGUCUAGACGUGAUGCCGGGUCGCGGGGCCGAGGUCAUCGCAGGGAACUACGCGAUGCGGUACCUGUUCGCGUGCGGCGCCACGGCCAUCGUGCUGCCUGCCAUCAACAACAUCGGCGUGGGGUGGUUCUCAACGAUCAGCGCGCUGUUCGUGUUCGCGGGCGCGGUCUGCGCCUACGUGUCGAUCCGACGGGGCGGGCAGUGGCGGCGCAGCAUCGACGCCAAGAGGAAGAGGAGAGCGACGAAGAGGAUCCUGGACGAGAAGAACAACGACGACGACGACGGAAACCCCGCGAGGAUUCUGGGUAGUCCGGCUGACUCCGACUCCGCGAGAGGCAACCCGGUGACGACGCCCCGAGCGCGCGAGAAGAAGGAAGAGGUGUGA